AUGGCAUACUUCAACUACCCUUCAAAUUACCCUGAAUAUAUUGGUAAUUAUCAGUAUUAUGAUCAGUAUUACUACAAUAAUUACAAUCUUGAUUACAAUAAUCAAGAGCAAAGGUAUGUUCAUCAAUAUUCUGAUUCUGAAUUUUAUGGAAAUGCAUAUCAGCAAGCUUUAACUCCAUCUUUAGUAGAUGCAAGUUUGAGUGAAAGUGGUGAUUAUUAUGAUCAUGUUAUAACUCAAUAUGUUGUUUCUUAUAAUAAUAACACUACUGCUGAAGCUGAAGAAGGUACUGAUGCUGUAGUUUUCGACGAAAAAGAUUCGAACCCGAAACCAUUUCAUGGAGGUUAUGAUAUUAAUGAGAAGUAUGGGAAGCCUUUACCUCCUUCAGAAGAAAUUUGUUAUCCAUCUACUAAACCAGAUUCGAAUAAAGCUCAAACUUUGGGUGAUUUUUCUUAUGGUUCUGUUCCUUCUCCUUAUGUUAAUGGGGUUAAAAAUGAUGUUGGGAGUGAUGGUGAGGCAAAGCAAAGUAAUGGGGUUGUUGAUAAUGAAGAGGAAGAAGAAGGAUUAGGAGAAAAGCAAGAUGUUCUGGUUGCUAAGGAAGGUGUUAAUGAAGCAGAACCAAAACAAAGUGAUGUGAUCAUUCCUAGCAAGGUGAUCCAAGAAGAAAAAACCCUGGUUUUCGAAGAAGAGAAAGGAAAAGGAGGAGAAAAGCAAGAUGAAGUGAGUAAAGAACCAUCUAAAAUUGGUCCAAUUGUACCUUUAAUUGAUGCAAGUCAUGCAAAAGAAGCUCAAGAUGUUAAGGGUGAUGCAAAGCCAAAAGAUGGAAGCAUUGUUAAUGAGGCUAUCCAAGAAGAAAAGGCUUUGGACUUUGAGGAUGGAUUCGAAGAGGAAGAUAAGGAGGUAGAAGAUGAAAUCGAGGGCGGUGUCAUAGGUGAUCAGGGAAGUAAAGAGGAGGAAUAUGGUAAUCAAGUAAGGCGGCAGAUACCGCCGGGUUAUGGUAUGGAAGCCAUAGACCUUUGUGAAGGAGUAUUUGGUGGUUAUUUCCCCUGUUUGUGGAAGAGAAAUCAGAGGAUUUAUAAUCAUCAAAGAGAUGGUAAUGAUAACACGAGUGAUUAUGAUUAUUGUUGGAAAGAAACUGCUGAGUAUCUGUUUGGGAAUCCGAAUCCUUAUGGCGGAACCAUGCCUGAGAAAGGAAGUUAUGGAGAUCCUGUUUAUAGCUAUCACAGGCAUUUCCCUCAGCAGCCUCUUACUGAACAAGUUCAGUAUCAUGGUGGAAAUUCUUCUUGGAUGUAUAAUUCAAGGCAUUAUUAUGGUUAG